UCAUCAUUCCAGUUUCGACAGUCGAUGUUUGCCGUCGUUCGUUUCGGAUGUCCUGUCGUCAACGUUCUCGUUAGUCCGUAACGUUCUGUUAUCGUCGUCGUGUAUCCUGUGCUGCCCAAGACAACGUCUCGUUCCAGUGCCCGCAGGAAUAAGCAUCGUUUGCACCGUUGGAGCAAGGUUGCCGGCUGGUCUUCGCCGACUCUUCGCCAUCAAGUCAUUCACGUUUACGAUUGUACUGAAGGUAUCGGAAAAAAAAUGAAGUCGCGAACAGUCACUACUAUGAUCAUGAUGAUGGUCGUCCUACUCGUCGUGCCACUUCUAAACGUUGGAGGGCAUGACCUUGUUACAGCUGAUGUCCCUACUACAACUCCCCCAGCCACUACAACUGCGUCACCCGCGUCGCAGCCUCAUCCACCAACGACACCCACGUCGCAGCCUCAUCCACCCACCACACCCACGUCGCAGCCUCAUCCACCAACGACACCAGCCACAAUGAAUGCCACAGCAACUCCAGCACGAACACAAACCACUGGACCAGAGAAGGUGGUGUCGAUUUCAUGCACAACCAGCACGAAAGGGGAUGCAACGGCUCUAUCCAUAGAUCGUCAUCAUUACGGGAUAAGUGUUGCGGCGCUACUACUCACUAUCUUUCAUCUUGCUUUCCAUCUAGGAAUAUUAAUCUUUGCUGAUGUAUACCAACUAAGAUUCCGAGGUAUGGGUAACUGAAUUUUGUAGCCACAGACGUGUUGGGGAAGAAGGAUUAACUGCCGCCAGUAUGGAGAUGAGUUAAGACUGAGCAUGCAAGCCACGCAAGCACUUCCUCUUUGGAUAUCACAUUUGUCAUCUUGCUCAGCUGGUUGCCAUGCCAAUGCCCUGUAAGGUUGUGUUUCAAGCCGGAGACUAUUGAACACUCACCAUCAUAACUACAGCUGUUAGCUGCCCUGCAUACAGUGAAGCUACUUGGAUGACCACAUCUUCAUGCAAUGCUGCUGCUGUUGCUGGGAAAGUAACCACGGGUAGAUUUCGACAUAUUGUUUAUUCAACCUAUCCAGUACAUUACACACUCACUGGAGUUGCACAUACUCUUUUUCAACAGUACAAUCAUCACUCUGUAGCAAUUCUGUCACUAGCUCACAUCAAGUCCUGUAGUCUGAUCUUUGUUCCAUGCAAUUAGUUUAUGCACUCGUUGUAGUCAAUGUACGCUACCUUGGUGAACUGCCUGAUUUCGAAGCAUUGUACUUUUGUUUGUGGUGUUUUUGGUUUUUCCUAGUUAUCUAGUCAGCGCAGUUCUCAGUUCUGCACUGUCAUAUUAUACUUGCUGAGCUGCCUGGUUUCCAUAGCAUUGUGCCUUUGUUUGUCAUUUUUGUUUGUUUUGUCCUGGUUAUCUAGUCCUCUCAAUUCUGCAUAAUCUGUUUCUAUACAGUCAUCCUGUACUGUGAUAUACUAGAAUAUUCAUAGUUGUUUGAAGUACAUGUACAUGAUGUACAUGUAGCUGCCAGCUAGCACCCAUGUCCAUGACUGUGCUGGUGUACUCCACUGGCUCAUUUUUCUUGUCCAAUAAAUCACAGGCAAUAAUACUGUGCAAGAUAA